AUCACACAUCCGUGGGCGGGCUGGGAGACAGUUUUUAUGAAUAUUUAUUGAAAGCCUGGCUUAUGUCAGACAAGAUGGACACGGAGGCAAGGAAAAUGUACGACGAUGCAAUUGAGGCUAUAGAAAAACAUCUCAUCAGAAAGUCCAAUGGAGGACUGACCUUCAUUGGGGAGUGGAAGAACGGGCACCUGGAAAGAAAGAUGGGCCAUUUGACCUGUUUUGCAGGUGGAAUGUUUGCCCUUGGAGCAGAUGGUUCCAGAGAUGAUAAAGCUGGACAUUAUUUGCAGCUUGGAGCUGAAAUUGCACAUACGUGUCAUGAGUCAUAUGACAGAACAACUUUAAAGCUGGGUCCAGAAGCAUUCAAAUUUGAUGGCGGUGUAGAGGCGGUGGCAGUGCGGCAGAAUGAGAAGUAUUACAUCCUAAGACCGGAGGUGAUUGAGACCUACUGGUAUAUGUGGAGAUUCACCCACGAUCCCAAGUACAGGCAGUGGGGCUGGGAGGCAACGCAGGCAAUUGACAAGUAUUGCCGAGUCAGUGGUGGCUUUUCUGGUGUCAAGGAUGUCUAUUCCUCAUCCCCUACAUACGAUGACGUACAGCAGAGCUUUUUCCUUGCGGAAACUUUGAAGUAUUUGUAUCUGCUUUUCUCCAGUGAUGACCUUCUACCAUUGGACAACUGGGUUUUUAACACAGAAGCUCAUCCUCUGCCUGUCUUACAUUUAGCCAACACCACACUGUCAGGAAAUCCUGCGUACCGAUAAAAAGAGCUCAAUGAAGAGGAAAAGAGACUGUUUUCAGCUCUGAUUUGUUUACAUGGACCACUUGAGACUUUAAGCAGGAGAGGAGACAGACACUUCCUAAAACUAGACCUCUGAGUCAAGCAAAUACCGGCGUGAGAACAAAGCUCUUCAACAUAUAGAUAAGUUAAAACUGAAAGAGAAAAAAAGUUUUGUUUUAUACAUGACCAAAACACAUUAGUGUGGUAUUUGCAGGACAGAGGCUUCAUGUGCUUUGAACCGUAGCAAGACAAGGAAUCUACUGUUUAACAUAAAUGCAGCAGCAUAAGGAAGAAGAGGCUUUCCCGUCCAGGGAGAGGAACUUGCUGCUGCUGCUGUUGGCUGUUGCAAGAUGCAACACACCAGACACCUCUUCACAUCGGGUGGGUUCCAAAUACCUAGAUUUUCUUUUUUCUUUUUUUUUUUGUUUGAUGAUGGCAUGAAAAAAGCAACAACAAAAAGCAACAUCACUGCACCAGCAGCACCAGGAUUUGAAUUUUUUUUUUCUGUACCUG